GUGAGAAGGAAAUAGUGGGAACAUUGAUGGGCUUUGAUGAUUACGUAAAUAUGGUGUUGGAAGAUGUGGUUGAAUAUGAACAAACUCCGGAUGGUAAAAGAGUCACGAAACUAGAUACGAUUUUGUUAAAUGGAAACCACAUAACCAUGCUUGUUCCCGGUGGUGAAGGGCCAGAAGUUUAGCA